AUGGAAGAUGAAUGUCUAUUCACUUACCAAGAAUUUCCACAACGUUUUGUUUGGCUUAAUUCAGAAAAGAGAUGGAAACUAAGGCAGCAUGGCUAUGCAAUCGGUAGAAUGUACUUUGCUAGCCCUAAUUGUGGAGAGAGAUUUUAUUUGCGUUUGCUAUUAACUGUUGUCAAAGGACCAAAAUCGUUUCAAUGUUUACGCACGGUCAACAAUGUUUUGCAUGAUACAUUUAAAUCAGCAUGUGUUGCAAGAGGACUUUUAGAAGAUGAUGAAGAAUGGAUACAAUGCCUUAAAGAGGCUGCAGUUAUGAAAACUGGUUAUCAAUUAAGGAGAUUGUUUACUAUUAUUCUUACUCAGUGCUCUCCACUGCAACCAUAUAAUGAGGCACAACAGGCAGAUGUAGAAAUUAUUAUUGAUCGCCUCAACAAUGAUCAACGAACAGCUUAUGAUGCAAUCACUUCCUCAUGUCGUAGCGUUGGCCAUAUUGUUAUUACUGUGGCUUCAUCUAGAAUUGCAUCAUUGUUAUUGGUAGGAGGUUGUACUGCUCAUUCAACAUUUUCCAUUCCGUUGGAUGUAUUGGAAAAUUCAAUUUGUGGAUUUAGCAAGCAAUCAUUACAAGCAGAAUUGUUUAGAGAAACAAAACUUAUAAUCUGCGAUGAAGUUCCUAUGCAGCAUAGACAUUGUGUUGAGCCAGUUGAUCGCACACUUCGGGACACUUGUGAUAGUGAAAAGCCAUUUGGGGGUAUCACUGUUGUUCUUGGUGGAGAUUUUCAGCAAAUCUUACCAAUUAUAACCAAAGGAGUUCGUGAGCAAAUUGUGAAUGCAUCAUUAAGACACUUUUUUCUAUGGAAGGAUAUACAUGUUCUGUCUUUAAAUUUGAACAUGCGCUUGAAUCAUGCAAAUCUUCGAAAUGCUAAUUUUGCAAACUUCUUGAUGGAGAUUGGGACUAAUCCUCAAGAAAUUAUUAAACUUCCAUCAACAAUACACAAAUGCCAAGAUCUAAAAGACAUAAUCUCAGUAGUUUAUCCGCAACUGGAUAUGGCAAUGACAUCGACUGCCACAUUUUUAACUGAACGUAUAAUUCUUUCUGCACGGAAUGAUGAUGUCAGUGCCAUUAAUACUGCAGCAUUGAAUAUUUUUUCCAAUCCUCCUGGGCUACCGGCUUUUAAGCUAGAGUUGAAAGUGGGUUGUCCCAUAAUGUUGUUAAGAAAUAUUGCACCAAAAGAUGGACUGUGCAAUGGCACAAGAUUGAUGGUUUCUAGAUGCAAUACUCGCAUAAUUGAAGCUCAAAUUUUAACUAGAGAAAAAUUUGACAAUUUGGUAUUUAUACCAAGGAUAUCCUUGACGCCGUCUUCUUCAGAAAUGCCUUUCCGAAUGACAAGACGUCAAUUUCCAGUUCGAUUGGCAUAUGCCCUGACCAUUAAUAAAUCUCAAAAGCAAUCUGUGAAAUUUGUUGGAGUUGAUUUGCGCAUACCAGUGUUUAGUCAUGGGCAAUUGUAUGUGGCCCUAUCCAGAUGCACAUCUUUUGAUCAUAUAUGUGUCCUCCUUCCUAAUGAUGAGUCAGAUUCUACUACAAAUAUUGUUUAUCCUGAAAUUUUGUUAUAG